UAACUUCAUGUUUUCCAAUAUUUUUCUCACGGCGGCGCAGUCAGAUUCGUUUAGUACAAAACAAAUUACGAGUCAGUUCAGUUGGAUAUGCAGUGAGUGAUGACAAAAUGUUGGUGACACUUGAUCUACGUAUCGGUAUAUUUGCCGUUAUAUAUUUAUUUACUUGUGCGGUGUGCAUACAGUAUGGAAGCCCUGGGAACACUUUAUACGUGGCAGAAGAGUCUCAAAGGGGCUUGGGUAAAACUAUUGUGAUAAACAGAGCCGAAGAGGAGGGUUCUGGUCUAGAAAGGAGAAAACGAGAUGCAUCCGAGUCAACGCCUCCGGCACUUGAAAAGAACAUAACUACAUGGACUACUCAUUUAAAUGACAGCCAUCAGCAGCUCAUGGUGCACUGGGUGGGCGAGGGCUCCAAUGUCAUCAUCUGCCUGGCUCGGGACUCAAGCCCCAAGAGUAAGGGAGUGUUCUCACCGUCUGCCUUGUUCAUCUCAUAUGACUAUGGGAAGAACUUCACUAAUAAAACGGACAUGUUCAAACUGGAUGACACACCCAACAGUGGAUACGCCCAGUUGGAUAAGUUCUUUAAUCAUCCAAAGUACCCAGAGUUCUGUGUAUUUGUGGACGCCACCAAUAAGAAGUUGUUCUACACAAAUGACAAUGGGCAACACAUUAAUCGCUCAGAUCUGGACUUCCACCCCAGCGAGUUGGCCUUUGAUGAGGAGUUCCCCAACAUAUAUGUGAUCUUGGAUAAAGUGGACUCUAACAGACAUCUAUAUCUGACCAUGGACGGGGGUAAAUCCUUCAAGAAAAUCCAGAGUUACGUCAAAACGUUCAUCUGGGCCUCCGGACCGGGUAUUCAGAAGACGUUCUACGUUGAACGUUGGAAGCCGAAUGGUACCAGCACGGUGCUUAGUGCCAGUGACCCUACGGACUUUGAACAUGCCACCACGGUCUUCCAGGAUGCUAAGGACUUUCAGAUCAAAGGAGAUUUCAUGUUUGCGACGAAGCUCAGUAAAGAGCGCAAAACAUUGGACUUAUACAUCUCUCACAUGAAAGGUCCCUUCUACAAAGCCGAAUUCGAAACCGAACUCGACAUGAAGAAGUUCCACAUCGCCGACGUGACCGACAAACGUAUAUUCGUCUCUGUCAUGCACACGGAGAUUCUAGCGGAUCUGUACGUGUCUGAGAUCAGCAAUGAUUUCACUCGGUACAACUUUAUGCUGAGUUUGGAACAGAUCCUGUGCUAUUUCCCGGAUGGGAACUGGAAGGAUACUUGGCUAGAGGACAUGACCGAAGACCCAUUCACGGACCUUUACCGCGUCGAGGGCCUCAAGGGCAUCUACAUAGCGUCCCGAGUGGAUUCCAAGGCGCAGGUGUCCCACGUGGGCCCCGAGCACCUCAUAUCGCUCAUUACGUUCGACCACGGCGUUACUUGGUCGCCGGUCAACCCGCCUACUGAGGACGAAAACGGCAAGCCGCUCAACUGUCACAUCGAGAAUUCAUGCAGCCUCCACUUAUGCCAGAAAUUCAGUCAACUGUACCCGGUGACGAGCCCUCCAAGGAACGUACGCAACAACCUAAGAUCCGCAAGUAUCAUGAGUUCCAAAUCAGCGCCAGGGAUCAUCAUGGCCACCGGUGUGAUGGGCAAGUCCCUCAAGGGCAUCCCCGGUGUCUACCUCAGUCGCGACGCUGGUCUAACUUGGAAGAGAAUUCUUAAGGACUACUAUUUCUUUAACUAUGGCGACCAUGGCGGCGUUUUGGUGGCUGUUAAAUACUUUAAACUGCGCGGGGAAACGAAUAAAAUUCUAUAUUCGACGAAUGAGGGGAUUGAGUGGAAUUCUUAUAAGUUCAACGCAGACGACCUCCGCAUAUACGGGCUCAUGACCGAACCGGGAGAAAAUACAACUACCUUCACGAUGUUCGGCUCAGCCAAUGAGCAACAUCAGUGGAUCAUCAUUACCAUAGAUUUGCAAAACGCCUUCGGCAGAAACUGCACCCCGGACGACUACAAAUUCUGGUCACCCUCGCCCCCUAACUCCUCAGUAUCCUGCGUAUUAGGAACUAGAGACACCUUCCAACGAAGACUCGCACACACUAAUUGCUACAACGGCAUUAAUUACGAUAGACCCGUUAAAAAAGAACUCUGCGAAUGCAGCAGACGAGACUUCGAAUGCGAUGUCGGCUUCCAGUUAAAUAAUAACGCAUGCGUUCGCAAUAAAUCUGCCAAACACGACCCCUACGCUACCCCGUUCCCGUGCCGACCUGGCACUCUUUACCAAAGAACUAAAGGAUACAGAAAAAUCGAUGGUGAUGUUUGUAAAUCAUCAACUUACAUACCUUAUGCGCCUGACAUGGUUCCUUGCCCGUUAGACGAACCGACAGAGUUUAUUUUAGUUGCUUUAAGAGAUAAAAUCGCACGGAUAGAUUUAUCUGACAAUUCUACGAUAUUCCCAGUCAAAGGACAGAGCAAUAUAGUCGCUAUAGAGUUUGACUUAAAGAACAAUUGCAUUUACUGGGCUGACAUUGAAACUGAUAAAAUUAAUCGACAAUGCUUUAACAACGGAACAGUACAAGAAGUCAUUGUUGAUACCGACUUAGCCAGCAUCGAAGGAAUGGCUUUAGAUUGGAUUUCAAACGUGUUAUUCUUCGUCGAUGGAAUGCGAAAAAAAAUCGAAGCCGUUAGAACUGACUUAACUAUCGCAGGCCGAAUGAGGGUCACUAUUCUCGACAAUAAGGUUUUAUCCAAACCCAGAGGUAUCGCUGUUCAUCCUAAAGCGGGGUACCUAUUUUGGACUGACUGGGAUAGAAGCAAUCCCACUGUAUCCAGGUCUAACCUUGAUGGUAAAAAUGUUAAGAAAUUAUUCGGAAAGCCAAUAGUUCAAUGGCCGAAUGGAAUAACUAUAGAUCAGAUGGCCGAGAGAAUAUACUGGGUAGACGCUAUGGAAGACUAUAUAGCUAGCGCCGAUUUGGACGGCAGAUAUUUUAAGCGCAUUCUUUGGAGAGACGAGAAAGUAUCUCAUCCGUUUGCUGUGGCUGUAUUAAAAGGGAAGAUGUACUGGGACGAUUGGAAAGCGAAGUCCAUCUUUAUUGCUGAUAAAGACUCCGGUGACAAUGUUAUAACGAUUAACAAUUCAUUCUCUGGUUUGAUGGACUUGAAAGUGUUCGCGCAUUUCGUUCAGCACGGUAGCAAUGCGUGCUCGUACAAGAAUACUAGUUGUGACACUAUGUGCCUGGGCGGGCCUGGGAAAGGGUUCAGCUGUUUGUGUCCGAACGGGUUUACUAUGACGAAUGGGAAGUGUAUGUGCUCCAACGGGUUGGAGCCGUCCGCUAAUAUGACUUGUAAGAAGAAGGAGGGCGCUUCUUGUGACGCUGACCAAUUCACCUGCACUAACGGCAUGUGCAUCACAGCAUCUUGGCAAUGCAACGGCAACAACGACUGCGGGGACUUGUCCGACGAGAUAGGGUGUCCCCUCUGCGCCGCGCCCAUGUUGUCCUGCGAUGACGCGUCGCGUUGUUACCUACCGCAGUGGAAAUGUGAUGGCGAAGCGGACUGUCCCGAUUUCAGUGACGAGAAAAACUGCACGAGACCGAACUGCACCGAAAGUCAGUUCCAAUGCGCCACGGGCAUGUGCAUCUACAAGAAGUGGGUGUGCGACGGAGACAACGAUUGUCACGACGGCUCGGAUGAACGCAACUGUAAUUCGACAUCAAAACGGCCCACCAUCAGCACUUGCAACGAAAACGGUUUCCCCUGCAGCAAAGACGCUAACCCCAUCUGCAUUCCCAACUCGUGGGUGUGCGACGGAGAGAGAGACUGCCCCAGCGGUGAGGAUGAAAAGGACGACAAAUGUAGAAACUCUACAUGUGCGCCGUCUAUGUUUAGAUGUCCGAGCGGAAAGUGCAUAUUUAAGUCUUGGGUAUGUGACGGUGAGAACGAUUGUUCCGACACCGAUUCAUCCGACGAACAAAAUUGCACGUAUCCAGGAACCAGCGGGCAAUCGAAACUGAUCCCGCGACCGGCCGAGAAAGCGGACUUCCCGUCAAACGGGACGUGCUUGGACUGGAUGUUUAAAUGCGAGAACAACAACUGUCUGCCUUACUGGUGGCGUUGCGACGGCAUCAAUGACUGCGGAGACAAUUCCGAUGAAUUAGGCUGUGGUUCCUUAAUCAUCGACGCAAGCACGCCAGCGCCUGAGCUUGAGAUUAAGGACAAGAAGUGUUCUAAGACUCAGUUCACUUGUUCGACUGGCAUAUGCAUCCCCCUAUCCUGGGUGUGCGACACGGCCGAAGACUGCCCGAACGGCGAGGACGAGCGCAACUGCCAGCGCCGCGGCCCCGGCUCCCGGCGCCGCUGCGGCCCCGACGAGACGCCCUGCGACGACAACCGCGGCUGUGUGCGCUCCGACCGCGUGUGCGACCGCCGGCAGGACUGCGCCGACGGCAGCGACGAGAUGCACUGCGAGGUGUGUACCCACGGCCGCCCAGACAUCACAAAAUGCCCUGGGGGCUACACGCUCUGCGGCGACGGCAUGCUCUGCAUAUCGGAGGUGUCGGUGUGCAACGGCCAUCAGGACUGCUACGAUGGCAGCGAUGAGAGCAACUGCACCAGCGAAGCUCCUGGGCACGGUAUCCAGAUCCUAGGCAUCGGCGUAGACCAGCCAUCGAUAAACGCCAGCAGCUUCCUCAUAUCGUUCUGGAUGUCGCAACAAAAGAUGUUCAUCUACAGCUUCCUGCCCUCCAUAUCGAAGGUGUCGGACGGCGUGUGGACCAACAUGACGUGGAUCCACGAGAGCACUUUCAGAUUCACGGGUUUGGAGCCUUACACACAAUACAACGUGACCUUCUACAUCCAGGACACCAGAACGAAUAAAACUUAUCCAUCUUUGAAGUUUGUCAAUACUACUACUGGCGAAGGACAACCCUCACCACCCUUAAAAGUGAGCGUAGCCCAGCUUACUGGCAGUCGCAUCCUGGUGGAGUGGGACCCCCCGGCGUCCCCUAAAGGCCAGAUCCAAUACUACACGGUGUCCUACAGCCCACCCGUGCCUCCCAUGGACAAGAAGACCAAGGGAGAUGACACGAAUAUGACCAUCAAUGGUUACUUCCGGCCGAACAUGAACUAUUCCUUCUGGAUAACAGCCACCAACGGCGCCUACACAUCCGAACCUUCCCCCGUAAUGACGAUCACUUUCGACGACGUCGGCGACGUCGACGAUCUCAAUCACAUCGGCGUCACACGCAUUAAUGAAAGCACAGCCCUUCUCACUUGGGACAAGAUCAAAGGCAUUGAAGGCUUUAAGUUAGUCGUGCGACCGCCUGCGCCUAGCUAUGUGCCUUGGGACACGAUUACUACCAACGCGACUAAUAUUACGCUAACAAACCUCCCAACCGGCGUCCACAUCGACGUCGACAUAAUGGCGUACAAAGGAACCAUCACCGGCCACCCUCUUACCAUCUUCCUCAAACCAGAGGGCACUAUCGAUGACGUCAUUAACAGUACCGCGUACCUUAUCAAGGAGAAACGGACGUCAGUCAAGUUGGAGUGGUCACCCCCGACUAGUGACAGAUAUAAGGGGAAGGAGUUGGAAUACGCGGUGUAUUACAAUGAUGUGAUGCAUACUAGGAUUCCAGGGAAAGAAACUAAGAUUACGACCAAGCAGACGAGCAUGCAGAUAGACGACCUGCACGCGUGCGAGAGUUACAUAUUCGCCGUAACACUCGCCAACGGACCCAUCGCCAAGAUACACGAGAUCAUGACCCGCGAGAAUGCCAAGGCCCCGAUAAAGAAUCUUCACGUCGUACUCAUAUUCAACGCCAACAAAACUAAGAUGGAAAUCUUAUGGAACGCAAACUGUGACGUCAUACACGAGGCAGUGACCUACAGACUGGACAUAACGGAGCUGACCCGCAACAAAGUGAGCCGCUACGAGCUCAAGCCGACGACGAAAGUGUCGCUGUCUCACUCCAUCGAAAACGUGGCGAUUGGCGGCCGGUAUAACAUCUGCAUAUCUGCUAACGUACGUUCAGCGGCCGUGACGUGUAAACACGUCCUCGGGCAGCAGCUACCGACGCCGUCCGCCGUCGUGGCGUGGCUCGCGCCCAACGGACACCUCAUGGUCAACUGGGAGAACCGCCGCGAGGACAUCGACCACAAAUACAAAUACGAAAUUAUAGUGUCCGAAACCGAAAUCCCCGAGGACCUGCUACACCCAACCGCCUCAAUGCGGACGGAGAUCGCCUCACACUCCCCUCGACUCAUCACCGUGCCCGUCGCCCGCGGGCCGCUGUACUGCGCCGUGCGAGUCGUGUCCGAAGACGGUUAUUAUAGCGACAUCAGCGAAGUGCACACUUUGGAGAUGUUAGGAUCGGCAGAGCCGGAGCAAGCGGCAACAUCGGCGCUGUGGUGGGGCGGCGGCGCGGCGCUGCUGGGCGCCGUGCUGCUGGGCGGCGCGCUGCUGCACGUGCUGCUGCGCAACCGCCGCCUCGCCAGCUCGCUGCUGCGCUUCAGCUACGACAGCAGGCGCGGGCAGGCCACCAUCGGCGACCAAGACGACGACGACGUGCCUCCAAUCCACGGUUUCUCCGACGACGAGCCGCUCGUGAUCGCGUAGUGAGGUCUUGUGAAUAGUCAAUAGCUGGGAACAUAACAAUGUUACAUGAACAAACAAAAUAAACGGAGACACCCUAUUGUAAGUUACUCAAAUUCCAAUGUUAUCUUAUUGUUUCUUAACUUUCUACGCCAUAGUCUCUUCUAAAUUAAGGCGUUACUACAGCUUUUAUGUAAAAAUAAUAUUCAGGCAUUUGAAGCGACAUUUUAAAAAGUAUAUUACAUCUACGACUUUGGACAGCUGGCUAAAUCCAAAUAUAAAUAAUGAGAGUAGAUUAGAAAUUUUUGGAAAUGGGAAUACUUCUGGAAGGGUUAUUGACAAAAUUAUCGCUGUAUUUUGCUUUCUAACCGACUGCAGGGUUUUUUAUUUUAUGUCAUUUUUUUUUCAUUAAGUACCAAUGCAUUAUAUCGCGGUAAAUUCUAAUUAACUAGCUUUUUUGACUAAAGCAAAACAAUGUUGAUAAAUGUGAUAGAUAUUUACUGACUGUGUAAUAUUUUUAUAUUCCUAGUAUGAAUAGUAUUAACGCAUAUGCCCUAACCGAAAAAUACUUCGAUGAUAAUUUUGUAUCGAUAAAAUGGGUUACGGCGGCUGGCAUAUUACAGAAAUUAGUGUCUUAUUACAAAUACAAUAAGGUUGAUGUUUAAUGUGUCUCAAAAUACAUUUGCUUUUUUUGGUACUAACUUUAACUAUGCAGUUCGAUGUUAGUCUUUUGAGAACAGUUUUAAAAUAUUUAUCUUAUGUGUUAUGCAUUAUAGAGAAAAAAAUAAAAGAUUCGCUUCAGAAUUAAAAUAAAGUUUAAAAAAAAGUAAGAAUUUUGUACAUUUGCCCGCCAUUUCCUAUCUCUGUCGCACGCGCAUAAUUAUAGUGGCUGUACCGCUCGCACAGUGGCAUUGACCGCCGUCAUCAUGGGCGGGACAGCUAUAUAAUUACGCGCGUGCGAAGAGAUAGGAGAUUGCGGGUCAAUAUGUACGAAAUUCUUCGUACCUUCUUCGACCGAAAAUAUACAUCAGUCAGUUGCGUUUUCGUGAGUUCUCAUUAUUAUAAGAAAUCUCAAGUAUUUUAUUUGCCAGUAUGCGUUUAGGAUAUAUAUUAUAUUUAAAUGAUAAUUUUAUUUAUACUUUGUAUUGCGGUUGUUGAAAUAAUUUAUGUGGCAGUGAAAAAACGAAUUAUUAGUUUGACAACAACUUCAAUACGUUAUAAAUUAUUUAUGUUAAUAGCUAUUGAUUAGCCCAGAGUAUUAUUAUGUUUUAAACAUAGUUAUUGAGCGUUUUCUAAAAUAAAUAUUGAAAAUCACACACACACUCACAGAUAUUAGUGUUUUUGGGUUCAUUCAACUCAGAAUCACUAGCAUAUUCAAUCCUGAUGAUUAAAAAAAUGUCCCGAAAAUUUGUAUGAAAAUUGUACAUUCCACUACGUCACGCACAUACAAGUAAUAAAAAAUACACACAAACGUGACGUAAUGGAAUGGACAUUUUGGGACAUCUUUUUUUAAUGGCAGGAUAGAGAAUGCUGUCGAUUCUGAGUACAAUAAGCCCAAGAAUGUCCAGAUUUGAAAGAAUCAGGUUUUCAAUAUUUAUUUUAGAAAACGCCCUAAUAUUACAGAAUGGUGGUUGUAAUUCUUGUUUUUCUUAAUAUGUAAAGUUCGUAUUAAGAAAAAUGUGUAAUGAAAACGGGCUGUAACUUGUAAGACUUGUUGUUUGUAUUGUUUAAAUAAGGUCAAUUCUAAUUUAAUGAUUUGUUAUUGUUUUGAACUGGUUUUGAUACUGACUAAGCUAAUCGCUAAUGCGUGAGCAAUCUUCAAGAUAUCAAAAUAAGAUCAAACCCGUAACAAGUUGUUAAAUCAGAAUCAGGCUCGGAGUUUUAUUUACCUUGCUCAUUUCGAUAUCGUUGUAGUUAUAAAAGACAACCCAACUUUUGAGUCAGGUUUCACGCCAAAGACCUAUAAUGUAGAAGUACAAUUGUAUUUAACUAACGUAUUCGUGAUACAAGAUCUCUGAGGUACUAGUGUGAUACGUUUAGUGUGAUGAUAUCUGUCUUUUUUUAAUCAGUUUAGUGUGACAAAGUUAGAAUUAUGAUUGAAAUAGACAUAGUAAUAACCCGAACUUUUGUUUAUUUGGUGUCAAAAUGUUAAGAAAUGACUGUCAUAUAACAUUUGCAAUACUCUUUCCACAACGAAACACAUUUCGUUGGGUGACAAGCAAAAGUCACUAGUGAACCGUAUUAUUAUCGGGAUAAGGUUGAUUUUUGUUUAAUAAUUUUUCAGUAAUUAGUGAGUUUUGCUUGUUAUCCGACGAUUUGUUUCAUAUACCUAUAACAUUUUUAUUCAAUUCAAUUUGACUAUGUACUGUCUAAUAAUAUUUACUGUCUAAAAAUGUUUUCAAAAACGCUUUUAUUAAGCGUUACUAUUAAGACGGAAAGAUUUAUUCAUGUCUGUAGGUACAGUUGCAAUCAGAUAUAUCGGGGCGGCCAAGGCGCUCACAAAUAUCUGAGCACGCCUCUAUUGUCAAGGCGCUAGAGUGCGUGUUCAGAUAUUUUUGAGCACUUUGGCAGCUCCGAUAUAUAUGAUGGCGACUCUUUGUACCCCUUGUCACACCUGGUCACAUUUGGCUAACCCCUCCCCCCCUAGUGUGACGUCACAUAUUUGUCAAUUUUGUUUUCAACGAAAUCAACAAUAUCAAUUAGUUUUUAUUAUUUUAAUAAAAAAUACUUUUUUGACAAAAGCGUUGUUAGAAAUUUAUAACACGAACCCGAUUAGGAAUAAUUACAACAUGAAACUGUUAAGAAAAAAAUCAAAACCGUUUUUGGUUACAGAUGUAGUUAAAGUGACGUCACAAAGUUUGUGACACCCCUCCCCCUUGUCACAACAUGUCACAUUUUCUUGACCCCGUCCCUCCCCGUAACUGUGUGACGUAAUUAAUGGAUUAGCCCUUAGACGGACUAUAGAUGCUGUUUAAAUUACCUAUCAUCACUUUAUUAAAAUGUGGUUGUUUAACAAUUAUCAUGCUAGGACCCUCGUCAAACAGCUAGUGAUCGUUAGUUUAGAUCUCGACAUUCCUUCAGUUGGGUCAGAUAGAUUAAUUUGCUUAGUUCCUAUAGGACAUUUUGUAAAACUCUGUUUUAUUAUAUGUUUUUUAUGAUGCGUUCGAUUAUUUUUCGUUAUGUACGAGUUAGUCAUAAAAUUGUAAACAAGUAAAUGAAGAAAUAAAACUAUCAUAUUUA